CUUUGUCUAUGCAUUAUAUACUGUCACCACUAGGAGAGACCUAUGGAAUAGGUUGUCUUCUUUUGCUGGGAAUAUGGCUAAGCCUUGGGCUUUACUUUGGGACUUUAAUUGUGUCAUGGCCUCCAAUGAAAGAGUCAACUGCAUGAGUCAAGGUGCUUAUUAUAUGACUGAUCUUCAAAAUUUUAUCUCCUCUAAUUGUUUAGAGGAUGCCCCAUCCAAUGGGCAGUUUUUCACUUGGCAUAAAGGGAAGAAGCUUGCAAAGCUUGACAGGGUGUUGAUCAACCAAAACUGGGGAGAGUCAGGAUGGGCCCCCUCUUGUGAUUUCCUAGAUUUUAACCAUCUAUCUGAUCAUAGUCCUAUGUUACUGCAGUGUGGUAGCCCCUCUUCUGGCAGGAGCAAAACCUUCAGAUUCUUCAAUAUGUGGCUAAAACAUGAGGACUUCUCUGGCUUGGUUUCUCAGUCUUGGGGUACUGGGGUUAUUGGGUCAAAGCAGUUCUCCUUAUGCUCUAAACUUAAACGCCUCAAACAACCUCUGAAAACCCUAAACAAAACUGCUUUUGGACACAUCUCUAGAAGAGCUUUGGAAGCAAAGGAGGAUUAUAGUUUGGCUAUGAAGGAGAUCCUAAGUGCCCCAAAUAAUCAGAGUUUACUGGAUGCUGCUGAGGUUAAGAGGAAAAAGGCUAAUUUCCUUAUGAAUGCUGAAUUGGAAUUUUUUCAACAAAAGGCCAAGUGUGAUUUUCUUAUGAAAUCUGACAGGUGCAUUAGCUAUUUCCACUCUCUGGUCAAGAAAAACAGAAAGAAAAACUCUGUCCCUUUCCUGAUCAAAGAGGAUGGUGCUAAAACUACCUCCAAUGUGGAGGUGGUGGGAUGUCUCUUGGAUUUCUACACAAAUCUGUUUGGUAGUUCUUCUCCUGUGGAACCUAUUGAUGGUGAAGUGUUGGCUGCUGGACCUACUGUCCCUACAUCCUAUCACUCUGUUUUGCUAGCUGAGAUCACCCUUCAAGAGGUCAGGGAUGUGGUCUUUGAGAUUGGAAAUGACAAGGCACCAGGGCCAGACGGGUACACUGCAGCCUUUUACAAGGAUCAGUGGUCAGUGGUUGGCCAAGAUGUCUAUGAUUCUGUUGUAGAAGCCAAGGAGGGAGUUUUCAAUUAUCACAAGGACUGUGCUGCUUUGGGGAUAACACACUUGGCCUUUGCUGAUGAUCUUAUGUUGUUCUCUCGUGGUGAUCUUCCCUCUGUGCAAGUGCUUAUGGACUGUUUGCAACAUUUUACUAAUGUCUCUGGGUUGGCCUUGAAUCCUACUAAGUCCAAUAUCUUCAUUUCUGGGAAAAACAGGGACACUAGUCAGGAGCUACUGGAUUUGGUUUCUUUCCCUCGUGGUCAACUACCUGUGAGAUACUUGGGUCUCCCUUUGGCUUCACAAAGGAUCUCAGAGAAUGACUUUGCACCCCUCUUCAAAUCCGUGAAUGGAUUUCUGUCCAAAUGGAAGACUAUGAAGCUCUCUUAUGCUGGGAAGGUGGAACUGAUCAGGGCAGUUAUCCAAGGGGUCCAAUCCUUUUGGCUCCAAGCCUUCCCUGUCCAAAAAUAUGUACUUGAUCGUAUCACUUCUCUCUGCCGGGAAUUCCUUUGGGGUAGCAGAUUUGCCAAAGUUGCCUGGACAGAUAUUUGCAAACCCAAAGCAGAAGGUGGUCUUGGCCUCAAAGAUGCUGGUACUUGGAAUAAUGCCUUAUUGUGUAAGCUUCUCUGGAAUCUGGCAGCCAAGAAGGAUUCACUUUGGGUUAGGUGGGUUCAUGCUGUUUAUGUUACACAGGGUGAUUUUUGGCAUUGGCAACCUAAAAAGAGACACUCUGUUUUCUUUAAAAGGUUGGCCUAUGUGCGAGAGCUUUUGAUUCAAAAGCUUGGUGACCACAACUUCUCUAUGGAUGUGGCUAUGCAACCUUAUUGUGUGGGAGAAAACCUUGUUCCACGCAAGGUCUAUGAUUUGUUUAGGGUAAAGUCCAGCCCCAAGCCAUGGAUGGCUUUCAUAUGGCAUUCAACAAUUCCUCCUAAAUGCUCUUUUACGAUGUGGUUAGCGUUUAGGAGGAGGUUACCCACCAAAACCAACUUGGAGUUUCUUAGCCAACCCAUGGAUUGUACCUUCUGUAGCCAGGCUUUGGAGAAUGUAGAUCAUCUUUUCUUUGGCUGUUGUGUCACUGAGCAGGUUUGGCUACGUAUUCAGGGUCAGAUAAGUACUUUGGACAGGGCUCUUCGAUGGAUGAAAACUUUUAGAAAGGGCGAUGCUCUUUUGAAGAAAACCAGGAGGAUUGCGUUGGCUUGCACGGUGUUUCAAAUCUGGAAACAUAGGAAUGCUGUCCUUUUUGAUCGAAAACCUCUUGAUGUUGAGGCCAUUAUCUGCUUCACAUUUCUUGCAUAUGAGUCGAUGAGUCUGCAUGUAAGAGAUGAAUCUGGGAGCUUUUGGGAGGAGCUCGACAUGGAUCAGUACCUCGGUAGCAUUUUCAGCUUUCACCCGCAUUGUAUGUGCGCCACAAUCAACCACAGCUUGGUUAGUAGUGACCCAAUCCAUGCCCAAGAUGACGUCAAAUUCUCGAUGUGGAAGCUCAAUCAGAUUUGCAGGGAAACUCAUCCCUUGCAUUACUAUCGGGAAAUUGGAAUAAAUAUGGCUGAGGCCUAGACUCUGUCCUAAUGGAUUAGACAAAAUCACAGGAUUCUCCAGGUUCUCUCUCGGAAUAUUCGACAAAGCAAACAUGGAUGCACACAAAUACGACAAGGUAGAACUUGGGUCAAUCAAAGUAGAUAUGGAAG